AUGAAGUGCUUAGUCCUCGAUAAUUAUUUUGUUUACCAUGUAGUCCCACUAUCAUCUAUUGUGUGAACGCGAAUAUUUAGAGAAUCCUGCAAAAAAAAAUUUAUACACGGGCAACACUAUUCAUCUAAUGUCAUUCACUAUUUUUCGCGUUGUGUGCUCGCACGGAAUUUUUCGUAGAAAUAUUAUCUGUUAAGUGAUUACUGUAUUUAGUGAGUUCAAGUUGAUUAAAGUAAAAUGCCUAAGAGUAGAGAAGAAAAAUUAUGGAAGAAGCUGAAGAAACUGGAAGAAAAAAUUAAGAAAAGUCAAAGUCGUCGUAGACGAAUUAGAUCUUUAAGUUCGUCGGAGCGGGAGUCGGUAGACGAUCCUGAUCCAAAUGAGAGACCUGAAGUAAUCGAGGACACAGGUACCCAACAACUACAAGACGAUGUGCUGAUUGCUCUGGGAAAUCCGUCCUGCUCUGACAAAUCUUAUAGUGAAAGUAUUCACCCAGAGAUAAUAAGGAGAGUAGAGAAUGUGUUAACGAGUGGCUUGGAAAAGGAGCGCAAGGAUGAAUUAUUAAAAAAGUAUCUGAUUCCCAAUAAUUUUGCCUUGCUAGAGGCUCCAAAACUAAACAGGGAGCUAGAAGGCCUAUUAAGCGAUCCAAUUAAAGAAAGAGACAAAAGGAUCGAAGAGCGACAGCAGCAAUUGGGUGUUGCAUUGUCUGCUGUAUUAUCUUGUUUAGAUAAUUUUGUUAAAGUUGACCCAAACCCAGCAAAAAUUGAAGUCUUGACAGAUGUAGCCAGGCUACUAAGUGAUUUACAUUAUAACGACACUUGUACACGUAAAAAGUUGGUGGCGGUUAAUUUGGAUAAAGACAUAGUUAAAACAACAGAAAGCGCUAAACGGGACAGCUUCCUGUUUGGAGAAAGAUUUAAUGAAGAUGUAAAGACUGCUAAUGCCAUAAAGAAGGCAGCACCAAGCAUACUGAAAAAGUCCAAUUUCACCCGAAAGAUGGGGCAGACCAGGCAGUCAAAUUAUACCCAAUUUAAAAAUAAGGAAAACUUCAAUGCCCCUCCACAAGCAAAUCGAGCCAAACAAGGGAGGGGGGGCAGGUAUCAACCCAGGAACAGUGGGAGGCAGCAGCAGCAGCAACAACCGCAUCAGAAGAAGGCAUAUCGACACAAGUCUGUACGUCAGACAUAAAGGUAAAGACCUUUGCAGGUCGUCUUAAAUUCUUUUAUCCUUGUUGGCAAAGGGUCACUCAAGAUAAUGUUAUUUUAUCUUGGGUAAAAGGUUACAAAAUUCCUUUUGUAAAAACUCCAUACCAACAGAUAUAUCCUAAAAACUGUACAUUUUCAGAGUCUGAAAAUAUAGUUUUAUCAAAGGAAAUUGAUAGAUUAUUAAAAUUGGGUGUCGUUAGUAAGUGUACAUCAAUUAGUGGACAAUUUUGUUCAAAAAUAUUCUCUAUUACAAAGCCUAAUGGUAGUACCAGACUUAUUUUAAAUCUAAAAUGCCUAAAUAAGUUCAUCCAGACGGAACAUUUUAAAAUGGAAGACAUGAGAACUGUUUGUAAACUUGUUUCUAAAAAUAAUUACAUGUGUACAAUUGACUUAAAAGAUGCAUAUUUUUUAGUCCCAGUAGAUAAUGAUGAUAAGAAAUAUUUACGGUUUUAUUUUAAAAAUAAUAUUUAUGAGUUUAAUUGUUUGUGCUUUGGUUUGUGUACUGCUCCACUUACGUUUACAAAAUUGUUAAAACCAGUUAUAUCUUAUCUACGCAGUGUGGGAUUUAAAUCUGUGAUUUAUCUUGAUGAUAUCAUAUGUAUUGGAGAAUCUUUUAAUGAGUGUGUAGAAAAUUGUAGUAAGACAGUGUCACUACUAGAAUGUCUUGGAUUUUAUAUAAAUAGGGACAAAAGUAGUUUGCACCCUAAACAAAUAGUUGAGUAUUUAGGAUUUAUAAUAAAUACAAGGACUAUGACCUUAUCAGUCUCUGAUAAGAAAAGAUGUUCAAUCCUUUUAUUACUUAAAAGGUAUUUAAACAAAGAUUCCUGUACUAUUAGGGAUUUUGCACAACUCAUUGGAACUUUAACAGCUUGCUGUCCAGCUGUUAGCUAUGGUUUUCUGUACACAAAAGUUUUGGAAAAACAAAAAUGUGUAGAGUUAUUUAAUCAUAAUAAUGACUUUGAUUCAGUUAUGAUUAUAAAUAAUGAAUGUAAAGAAGAUUUACAGUGGUGGUAUAAUUGUAUAGAAUCAGCCGUUAACCCUAUUAAAAAUUGUCAAUUUAAGUUAGAAAUUUAUUCAGAUGCAUCUCGCACUGGAUGGGGAAUAUUUUGUGAUGGUCAGGUAGCAAAUGGAUUUUGGACAGAAGAAGACAAGAAAAGUCACAUAAAUUAUUUGGAACUACUAGCAGCUUUUCUUGGAUUACAAUGUUUUGCAAAGGACUUAAGCAACUGUCAAAUUUUACUACGUAUAGAUAAUACAACUGCCAUAGCUUAUAUUAAUAGAAUGGGUGGUAUUCAAUUUAAUAAUUUAAAUCAGCUUGCACGAGAAAUAUGGCAAUGGUGUGAAGCCCAUAAAAUAUGGAUCUUUGCAUCUUAUAUAAAAUCUAAGGACAAUAAAGAAGCUGAUUUUGAAUCUAGAAAUGACAAUAUUGACUGUGAGUGGGAGCUGUCACCUACAGCGUUUCUAGAUAUAGUGAGGUCAUUUGGAAAUCCUUCCAUUGAUCUAUUUGCUACUAGAGCCAAUACUAAGUGCAGUAGAUAUCUGUCCUGGCAUAGGGAUCCGUAUGCAGAAAAUAUUGACGCUUUUACAGUAUGUUGGCAUAAUUAUACCUUAUUUUAUGCAUUUCCACCAUUUGCUUUGAUCUCUAAGACGGUUCAAAAAAUAAAAGAUGAUAAUGCUAUAGGCAUUUUAGUUUUUCCUAUGUGGCCGGCACAACCUUGGUACCCAUUUGUUAAAUCAAUGGCCAUUUCAGAUAUUAAAGUGUUCAAGCCUUCAAAACAAUUAUUGUUAUCACCUUCCAGAAAACUUCAUCCUCUGCACAACAGCCUUUCCCUGGGGGCCUGCAUAUUAUCAGGGAAGCAUUCAAGAAACAAAUGAUACCUGAGGAUACCAUAGAGGUUAUGAUAUCUUCUUUAUCUGUGAACACAAUUAAACAAUAUUCAGUAGCAUUGAAUAAGUGGUGGAUUUUUUGUAAAGGAGAAAAUAUCUUUGAUGUUUCUAUCACGAAGAUUUUAGAAUUUCUUACAGAACAAUUUAAAACAGGAAGUUCUUAUACUUCAUUAAAUACUACUAGAUCAGCAUUGUCCUUGAUACUUAGUUGUGAAAUAGGGAUAGAUCCUCAAAUAAAGAGGUUCUUUAAAGGUAUCUUUAAACUACGACCUAGUCGUCCUAAAUACAAUGAUACAUGGGAUCCAGCAAUUGUUUUGAAUCAUAUAGAAAAAUGGUACCCAUUGCAAGAUUUGUCAUUUCUAAAAUUAACUAAAAAACUGGUAAUGCUGUUAGCCCUUACUAGUGCACAAAGAAUUCAAACUUUAUCAUUGAUUAGACUAAAUAACAUACAAUUUGUUGAGGCAGGAGUAAAUAUAGAGAUCAGUGAUUUGUUAAAGACAUCUAAACCAGGAAAACAACAAAUGUGCAUUACAUUACCUUACUUUCUUGCGAAACCUGAAAUUUGUCCAGUAACCACAUUACAAUAUUAUAUAAAUUAUACAAAAACUUUGAGGAAGGUAGAAUUUAAUAAUACAGAAAUGCUAUUAAUAAGUGUUAAGAAACCUUAUAAUUAUGCAAGUAGGCAGACAAUUAGUCGUUGGAUUAAACAAACAAUGAAGGACAGUGGUAUAGACAUCAAGAGAUUUACUCCUCACUCUACUCGUCACGCAGCCACUUCCAGGGCAUGUAGAGAAGGUGUAACAUUAGAUACCAUUUUUAGGUCAGCUGGUUGGUCUAUUGGAUCAAAAGUUUUCGCAAAUCAUUAUAAUAGACCAUUGAUUAAAAGUAAUGAUAAAUAUAUUUUUGCUAAGACUGUUUGUAAUAUUGAAUCUCAUUAGUACAUUUUACUUAAGUAUUAUUUGACCAAAUAGUUUAUUUUAUCAGUACUAAGUACUUAGUUAAUAAUAAUAUGAUUAAUAGUAAGUAUAUACCAAGUGACAUGUGUAACAUGCAUAAAUUAUAAGCCACUGGUAAUAAAAGACUGAUUGUA